UGAAUCUCAUUAGUGCGGAGUUAUCACUGAGCGUCAUUACAAUGUCUCGUGUGAUGAAUAAUCGAGUGAAUUUGACAGACGUCAACGGAGUUUAAUUGCUUCAGGCAAAUUAGUAAAUUUCACUUCAACAACGAUUAGACGGUUCUUCACUUACCAAACAAAUAAGAACGGAUGCGUUAACAAGUGUUCGAUGUUCAAUUCUGUCAAAGCUACCGUGAAAGGAAAAAAAAUCUUAUUCGACGAGUGGGUGCGAUAAAUGUUAAUGAUCCAAAAAAUUGCACCUCAGGAAUGAUUUCUAAAAGUUAUAACGUUUGUCAGGAGCUAGAAAUUAAAAGCACAGUUUUUUUGUGCCCGAAACGAAUUUUUGGAGUUCACCAGUCUCACCCAGCCCUCGAUGCUUCUCAAACAAAGAUCUGACCAACAAAAAUCCAAUUCUCCACCGAAUCCAACGGCUAAAAUACAAAUACCCUGAUACCCACUCGUCACGAGAUUGAUUCACAAAAAACAAUGAGAUUAUGUUGGACAAACCCGAGGCGAAACCCCUAACCCUGGAGCUGAUGAAAAAUUUCUUCAGACGUCGUGAAAUUUCAAGCAAACCCCUUCGAAAUGACAGUAUAGGCUCUCUAGGUUUGAUCCAACACUCCCGUCCUUCUCAUCUUCCAGCGAAGACACUAGCCGAGGAAAUCAAGCACCAGAAGCAACACCAUGAGAUCCUGGAGUCUGUGCGGAAGCGAGAGACCCGAGAGGAGAAUGAACGGAAGAAGAAACGAGAAGUCAGACUCAAAGAGGAGGAACAACUCUUGAUAGAUUCUAGACUCUGGACCAACGAGAUUUUGCCAAAUUUCAAGGAGCUGAAAUCAUCAAAGGAGGUGAAGGACCUCUGGUGGAGAGGACUCCCGCCCAGCAUACGAGGAAGAGUCUGGAGAUUGGGAAUAAGUAACAGAUUAGACAUAGGAGACCACAUUUACAAUAAUUGUCUUAAUGACGUAAGAGAAAACAUCAAUCACGAGUUCCUGGUAGCGAUCACGCUGGAUGUGUCCAGGACAUUUCCAGCUCUGUGUGUUUUCCAGGAGAAUGGACCAUUGAAUGAACCUUUGCGGAGUGUUUUAGCUGCGUAUUGUGUUUACAGGCCGGAUGUGGGGUACGUCCAGGGGAUGAGUUUCAUCGGUGCAGUUUUAACGUUGAAUAUGGAGCCAAAUGAUGCAUUCAUCUGCUUUUCAAAUCUACUGGACAAUCCUUGUCACAGAGCCGCAUUUACCCUCAAUCAGACUCAAAUGAAUGUUUAUUAUAAGGUUUAUACAACAGCGUUAUUUACUAAUUUGCCGAAAGUUCAUGCUCACUUUGUCUCCUCCGGGUUGAGCCCUGAUUUUUAUUUACUGGACUGGGUGUACACAAUUUAUGCCAAGGCCAUGCCACUGGACGUCGCCUGUAGGGUAUGGGACAUUUUUGUCAGGGAUGGGGAUGAGUUUUUAUUCAGGACAGCGUUGGGGGUUUUGAAUCUUUAUCAGGGAGAAUUGUUGGAUAUGGAUUUUGUCAGGGCUGCACAGUUUUUGACAAAACUGCCUGAGAAUCUACAGGCUAGUCAGUUGUUCGAGAGCAUUGCAUCGAUGAGGGUUUGCGAUGGGGGUGUUAGCUUUCAGGAAGUGGUGGAUAAAGUUUCUAGGGAAAGUAGAUUGGAUCAGUGCAAUGGUGUAUUUAGUUAAUAUUUGAUUAUUUUGAACGUGUUUUGAAUGUAGAAUUAAUUUUUCACGCUUAUUGUGCGUAGUUUUUCCAUUUUAUGAGAUAAACUGAAGAGAUUAUGUAAUUAUUGUAUUUAUAGUGAUUGAAGUUUAGUGAUUUUUUAUGAUUAUAUUCAUGAUUGGUGAAGAAAAUAAUAGUUCAAAAUUUCAAUAUAUGAAUUUCGAAGGAGGGUUUAAUUUCGACGUUGUUUUCUACAACUUUUCAAUUAUUUAUAUAUUAUAAAUGGGUGAAUCAUCCAGUGUUCCAAUGGUUGAAGUUUAAUAACAACUUGAAUUUGGAAAGAAUUUCGCAGUGUCUUAUUGAACCAGUACAGAACGCAUUACAUUGUGAAGAAAAGAAAAAUUACGAAUAAGCAUUUUUUUACCUGAACGAGGUCAUAAAAUCAUACUGGAUGAUUCACCCCAGAACUAUUUUCGCUGAGAUCUCGUUUUUUCAUGUUUAAUUCAUUUCAGUACAGGUAUUUGUCAUUCAAAUUAGUUGACAGAUCUAGGGUGAAAUGAACAGAUAGUGCAAUUUGUUAUCUUUACACCAAAAUUAUUGUUUUCAUUGUGUUAUUUAGAACGAGUGGUGUUCAUAAUUGACGCAUAUCUAUCCAACGACUAAAUUGUCUCAUUUCUUACUGAGAAAAACACCACACUGUAUUCAUAGAAUGAAUCAUUAUGAAGGGAAUGAAUACUCAAUUGUAAACCUGGGUUUCCUCAGUUUCUCCGUACAAGGGGAAUAUAUUUUUUAACGAAAUGUUUAUUGUUGGGUGAUUAUAUUGUAUUUGAAUCUGAAUAUUGAGCAAGUGCAUUGACAUAUUUUAUAAAUGAAAGAAAAAAAGAGAAUAAAAUAAGUAUGAGAAAUAAA